AGAAAUAAAACACACUCCCACAUUUCCACUGCUAAUUUCUUGUCACAUGUGGCUAAACAAUAAUAUAGCGGACUGGAUCGGAAGUAUGAGCCCAAUCAGAUUUGUAUAUCCAUUUUACUGGUGGGCUUUGAAGACCCAAAAACAAUAAAUAAAAUAUUUCUCCACUAAGUCCGUCUCCUAACCUAAAACCCUAGCUAUAUAUACGGAAAUCAUACCUUCCCAACCUCAGUUCAUUUCUGUGCGAUUGCUGUAUUCAGAUCCGGCGUUCUCUCCAAGUACUCUCACUUUCCCUUACCUUUGUGGUUUUCUUGCCUUUAUUCUUCAAAUUUGCGAUUAUUAUUGUUGAAAUUUGAUAUUUUGCAGAGAAAAAGAAGCAGAAAUGAAGGUGAUUGCUGCUUAUUUGCUCGCCGUUUUGGGAGGUAAUCCCAGCCCUUCCGCUGCGGAUAUCAAGAAUAUCUUGGGUUCCGUUGGAGCUGAAGCUGAGGAUGACAAGAUUGAUCUCCUCCUAUCCCAAGUAGAGGGCAAGGAUAUAACUGAACUUAUCGCAUCUGGUCGUGAAAAGUUAGCAUCAGUCCCAUCUGGUGGUGGUGUUGCAGUUGCUGCAGUUGCUGCUAGCGGUGGUGCUGCUGCUCCUGCCGCUGCUGCAGAAUCCAAGAAGGAGGAAAAGGUUGAAGAGAAAGAGGAGUCUGAUGAUGUAAGUGAAUUUCUCCUUGAUAUUUUCAAGUAUGUUUUUUCUUUAUAAUUUUCGUGCCCUGAACUAAGUUGGGACUUCUUUGUUGUACAACUUGUUAUACUGUGUCUCAAAUCAAUUCACACUUGUAACUUGGAAUCUGAUGCAUGGUUUUGUAUUCUUUUUUAUCAUUAUAUGUCAUACUUGCUAUCUUCAGUCAAUAUGUAAAUUCUUUGAUUUGGUUAUUAUGGCUCCUCUGCCUCGUUUCUAUCAUCGCUUAGCUAGUAGCUACCUUUGAUGCUGUUGAAUGAUUGAGUACUUCUUGUCUUUCUAAAUUCAUUUUUUAACUUGUUCAUUGUUCCAAUUCAUUGCAGGAUAUGGGAUUCAGUCUCUUCGACUAAGGGUGGACUGCUUUUCUUGGAAAUCUCCGUUUUAGUUUAAUUGUAAGCUUAAAAUUGGUGUCCCAGUUGGCUUUGAGGAUAAUGUCAGUUUUUGUAGCUCUUAAGGUUAUGAACUAAAGUCACGAACAUAUCUUAUAUGUUGGCUACUUUUGUUUAAAUAGAGUAUGACCUUGUUUCUUGAAGUGGUAAUUCUGCUAGUCAUCGAAUUUCUUAAGCUGCACCUGUUAUCUGUUUGCAUUAUUUGCAAGAUGAUGUUGUCUAUAUCUGAGACAUCCUGGAUUUAAAUUUAAGCGGUUUGUAUAUCGGAACACCGAGUUUGGCUGUUAAGUAACUUGGAAUAUGUGGCUCUUUACUCCGCAUUAAAGAGAUUGCACCUUCCAAUCCCUAGGGCAAUAGAAUGUAGAAUUAUGGUGAAUAGUGGUGUACUCCACAUCUGACAGAUUUAGCGCUAAAAGAAUAUGAAUCUAGGAAGCCCAUAUUAUAUAGGACUUGAAUUUUGGUAAUGUGUCUGCAGUCAAUAAUGUGCGAUGAAUGAUAUAAUUUUUUUUAAUAUGCUCCUUCUGU